AUGGGCCCAAGUUUGAAAGUUCUUUUAUUCCCCUGGGAUCCCAAUUCGGACAUUCAUCUGAAAUGCCUCGUUUCGCAGCGAGUCGAAUGCAAUUGGGACCAGGGAAAAGUUGAGACAAAAUGGAAAAAACAACAACUCAAAGGCGAGAAGUGUAUCUACUGGAUUGUUUUGCCAUCAGAUGAGUCACAAGCGAUAUCGCCAAAAGAAAACGAAAUGCUUCAAGACACAGCGACCACCAUCAAUGCUGUCCCACGCCAGCCAACAAAGGAAAAAUUCAUCCCUAUUGGCCACAUUUCACUGGAUUCCAAGAACCCAGAUGCAGAGCACAUCGAGCUUGAUUUGCCCGCCGUGAACAUCUUCUGGAUAAAGACUUUCUACAUUAGACGGUCCAUCCAGGGUCGUGGAAUUGGGCGAGCUGCAAUGGAUGCGGUUGAGGCCAUGGCAGUUCAAAAGCCACUACUGGCCGAGAUAUUGAUGCUAGACACGGUUCAGAAAGAUGAUCAGAAGAGAGAAGAAUUUGCGAAUGUAACAUAUGGUGGUACUCCAAAGACUAUAAACCAGGAAUGGUAUGCUCGUCGGGGCUACCAAUUGAUCAAGACUGUGCAGGAUUAUUAUCAGGACCCAGAUAAGAAUGGGAAGGUUUGGGAAACAAGGACGGUUUUUAUGAGAAAGGACAUUGCAGGUGAUCAGUAA